AUGUCGUCUCGUCCAGCGUCACCGACGUGCAGAAAUACUUCCCAAACGACUGACAUACCAACCUCUGAUGGCGUCGAAGUUCCUGUGAAUCAGACCGACAUCCCACGUCAAGAGACACAAAAUAACAACAGCGCUGGGACUUCUGCGGACGAAGAGGGAGGAAAAAAGAAUACAACCGUAGACAAGUUGAUGGCUGACAUGACCGUCAAUCGGAAGUUGACGCCGAUUCAACUUUUUAUGAUCACAGUUAACGGGACACUUGGAGCAGGUCUUUAUGUUCGAAGUGCUCAAAUUCUUCAGCUUGCUGGGCCCGUGGCAGUUGUAUGUUCAUUUCUUGGGCUUGGGUUUCUGGCCUGGGCGGUAAUGCAAUGCAUCGCAGAGCUCCUAUGCAUAUGGCCUGUGGGCGGAGCCCUACCACUGUUUGUCAUGGAAUUUGUAGACAAGGAGCUCGGUUAUGCUGUGGCUAUUGCAUACUGGUUCACAUACGCUGUCGGAUUUGCUGCUCUGGUUGCUAUUUCUGCCAGCACCAUGAGUUACUGGAUUCCCCAUGCUACUGAUGUUGUUCACAUUACUGUCUAUACGGCGUUGCCUUUUGUUUUGGGCGCAAUCAAUAUCCUGGAAAUUGAGUGGUACGGCUACGUCGAGGUCGUGGCCGGUGUCAUCAAGUUGUUCAUCUUAUUGAUUACAAUCGUUAUCCUGAUUGCUAUCGACGCUAAAUCGGGAAUAUCUUCAACGGAAAAAGAUUGGUCACACCCCUCCGAAGCUUAUGACAAAGACGCGGCGCCGGGUUUUGUAUCAGCGUUAAUAAUGACCAUACCAAUUGCCACCUUCGCCUACACAGGCGUGGAGAUCAUCGCUGCUUCCAUCAUUGAGGCCGAAUGGGGCACGAAACCGAAGAAUGGUCAAGAGGGCCAGAGUGCAGGCAAUGCAGAAAAUGCUCAAAACCUCCAGGAUGACCAGCCUACCCAGGAUAUCCGCAAUAGAACUCGACGACCAAACCAAGGAAACGACGUCGAAGAAGAUCCAAACAGAGACCGAAAAGAGUCCGCCAUAGCCACUAUUAGAGCUACAGCUGUUGUCGUACCGAUAGUUAUUGGUAUAGCUUACACAAUUACCGGAUUACUCAUAGCCCUUGGCCUGAGUCGAAACGACCCUGACCUUUCUAGACUCAACUGGAUCGAGAAUACUACUAGUACCGUGAGCAGUACUAGUACCGCGACAAGUACUGCGACUAGCACGGCUACCGAGGCUAGUGACGGAAGUUCCAAGUCGAUCCCUUCUACCCUGGUCCUCAUGGCAAAAAACUCGCAUAUCGACAAUCUGGAGCACGCCUUCAAUGCCUUCAUACUUUUCACCGCUUUAACAUGUGCAAAUACUAAUCUUAUUGAGGAACACAAGGUGGCUUUGCAGCGUCAAAGACUAUAUCCGCUAGUGACUCGCCAAAGCCAACCACAAGACCAUCCCUAUCGAAACCACUUGCAGCCAUUGCUUGCUUAUCUAGCUUUGCUUAUGUGUAUCUGCAUUUUGAUCAUUUUCAAUGGCGCGUUCCUUUGGAAGAAGUUUCACCUUGUCCCUUUGCUCGCGGGCUACCUCCCUAUCUUUGUAUUCAUCCUUAUCUGGUUCGGACUCAAGAUUUGGAAAAUGGACCUGCACCUCUGGAAAACACUCGAUGAGAAUGCAGUUAAGGAAUCGGUGGAGAAGCUAAACGGCCUUCGAGACAAGUCCCUUGCGCCAACUGAAGCCGCAACUACCGCUGUCAACACCAAUGAUUCUACGAACAACCGGGGCCUUCGGGGCAGUCGUCCUCGAAGUGCUGGAAACAUCCAUCACCGACGUUGA